AUGCCGUUCGGUUUAGCUAUUGGAACGGACCGCGCGACUGCACUCCAACAAUCCAUUCAGGAUGAGCUCACAAGGCGGAAUUAUAGUCCCGAUCCAGACCCUGUCAUGGCUGAAUACAUCACUAUAAUGGUUAUAAAUGACAAGACUCCUGAGCAAAUAACGGGAGAACUCGAAGACUUAAUAGGAUCGGAUUUUGACGCCAGUUUCACGGAUUGGUUAUUCGCCGAGGCUGAGAAAGGCGCCGAAGAGCCUGUUGCGCCAGCCCAGACUGGCCCUCAACAGCCUGCUGAAUUAGUCGCCUCGGUGCCACCGCCAGCGAAUGACUCGUCGGCUCGCCGUCCUCCCCGCAAUGGUAUUUAUCAGCAGGCUCUCUCCCAAGCUCUCCCUUCCUCAGGACAAAAACGGGCCGCCUCUGCUCGCUCUCCUUCACCCAACCAUGCCCACAAGAUGCCCUCAUUGACCGUGUUGGCGGACGGAGAAACAGCUUUGGGCAGGACGAAAUUCAGUCGCACAUCGACACCAUUGUUGGAAACCCGUCGCCCGACUCCCGAGCAACAGCAGGCGAUGAUGAUGAGUGCAGGGUUUCCCAUGGUCAUGGACAUGAGUGUUAUGAACGGGAUGGUGAACCCUUUGAUGCUGCAAGAGAUGAUGAUGAACCAAAUGGCGCUUAUGGCGCAAAUGGCUUCGACGAUGGGCAUUAUCAAUCCAGCGACGGGCCAGUUUGGCGGUGGAUUCAAUGACCCAGCUGCUUUCCAAGGACAGCCUGGAAUGGAGGGAGGGUUUCACGGAGGGCCUCAAAAUGGGAGAGGGCGGGGUGGCGGAAGAGGGCGUGGCCGUGGUGGGCCACCUUCAUCUGGACCAAAACCAAUGGCUGCAGAAAACGCAGCGAUACCUAUUGUCGCGCCGACACCAGCUCCUCCCCCAGCGGUUGCCCCUGCUCCGACUGGUGGUUUGACUGGGUAUAUACUUCCUGAACGACCGCAAUCGCCCACACUAUGCAAGUUUGGUGUCAAAUGCAGCAACGCACAUUGUCGGUGGUCGCAUCCUUCUCCAGUCGCAACUGCAGAAACUGGCGUCGUUCUGAGUAACGAGGCCUGCGAGAAUGGGAAAGAAUGUAAAGACAAAGACUGCGUCAAGGCUCAUGUCAGUCCCGCCGUUCUUAAUCCGCAAGCCGCCUCACAACCACCUCCCGCCGCUCAUCAUGCUCCUCCACCACACGUGACUCAUCCUCCGCCCUCAGGCGUACCCUGUCGCUUUGGUGCUGCGUGUACACGCACCGGUUGCACAUUCACGCAUCCACCAAACCACCCAUCGAAUGCCUCGAAUCCGCAUUUCGCUCAACCCUGUCAUUUUGGCGCUGCUUGUACGCGGGCCAACUGUCUCUUCAAGCACCCCGAAGGCCGUGUGCUCCCCAACUCGUUCCACCGUGGUCUUUCGGCUGCAGCGCCUCUCGUCAGCGUCCCGAAUCCUGAGACGGGCUCAAUUGGAGCGGCGAGCCAUAACAAGAGCGUCACGUUCAAUGGCAGCGGUGGCGCGAGCGUGAAGGAGAAAUUGGAGAAGCAGAUGAAGGAGAUUGAAGAACAGAAGCAGGCCGUCAAGGCUGCCCAGGAGGCAGCGAAAAAAGACAAGGAGAGAUCCGCCCCCGCUGCAGCAUAG